AUGCACAUGGGGCAGGAGCUGUGCGAGCCGGAGAAGGCGUCUCUCAUUUGCCGCCUACUGUGCCAGUCCCCUCCCGGGGAGUUCGGCCAGGUCGUCCAAGACCUCUCCGCUCUGGUCCAAGAUGACAAGCUGGUGAGGCAGGAGGCUGCCCGCGUGGGAGCCUGUCACAACAAGAACAACUUCACCCCCAUUGAAAUAAAUAGGCACACUGUGCUACUGACCCACUACAACGACUUAGGGGGAAACCGCUUUUUUGACCCUCAGGACAAAUUAUCUUUUGAGUUUGACCACCUGUGUGGGGUAACCAAAACCCAGCUGCAUGGUGUGAUGCUGGAUGAGGCCGAGCUGUGGCGAGAGGCCCUUCACAAGGGCUUGAAGGCCUACGUGAGCUCCCACUUUCCUGAUGGUAACUGCUGUGUCUUCAAGAAAAGCCUGGGGAAGAGGAAGAUGUUUGUGGCUUGCAUUGAGGCUCAUCAGUACCAGCCUUCAAAUCACUGGAAUGGCCUUUGGAAGUCAGACUGGACCUUUGCCCUGACUCCAUUUACCACUCAAGUUACAGGGUUCUUUCUCCUCCAGCUACACUACUUCAAAGAUGCCAACCUCCAUGUAACUGUCAGCAAGUCUGUGACUGAGACUCUAAAUGUGAUAGACCAAAGUCAGUUUGCCACAGAUUUUGUGAAAUUUGUGAAAGUUGAGGACACCAGAUUUCAUAUUGCCAUUCUGGAAAACGCUCAGGCUUUGUCAGAGGAUAUAUGGGGAAAAAAUCUGCGGAGGAAACUCCCUGUUACUCGCACUUUCAUGAACUGGAAUAAACUAUUGAAAGUUCAGCAUCUGAAGACCAAUGUCUCUGAUACAGAAGUGCCUCCAUGCUUAAUGAAACACACUACCUGA